GGGCAGAAAAGACCGAAGCGAGAGCGGGGAAAGGGAACGGCCGCCGCCGCCGCCGCCAUUUUAGAAGAGCAGGAGGCGGGGGCAGGAGCAUCAUGAGUGGCUUGUAAGGCUUCCCCCAGAGAGGCGUCGCUUCACUUUCCCUCCUCCUCCUCCUCCUGCUCUCUGCAAGGGCCACUUCCCCCGAAGGCAUGCUCCGGAUGGCGGCCUCUUAACCUGGCAGAGGACGAAAUCCCCCCACCCUUCUGGGGGGAUGCUUUUGAAGAAGAACCACAUUGGAAGCUCUGAAAGCAGCACUCAAAAUACAGAAGCAGCAGUUAUUUAUUAAUACAAAAUUUCCUGAAAGGCUGAGGAAGGCCUCAAUACCAUUUUCAAGCCUAACACCAGCAAGUAUAUUCCUGUAUUUCCUAGUUCUAGAAGCAAGCAGUAGGCAUGGAGAAGACUUCAGAGGGUCCGGGGAAAAUCCCUCGCAUCGUCCAGGUGAUGUGCUUCAACGGGAUGCCGAGGCAGGUCAACCAACAGCUGAAUAUAGGGUUGAACCAACAGUGGGAGGCCCAGUGGCAAGAAUUUCUCAGAUCUGCUCAGACGGGAUGGGGAAACCCUCAGCUGGUAGAUGCUGUGCCCUGGGAUGACACCAAAGCUUUCUUGUCUGCCUUUGAGCAAGUUGCCGAAGCUUGCCGGUGGCCAAGAGAAGAGUGGGUGGGACGGCUCCUGCCAGCAAUGAGGGGAGGAGUGGAGCAAUACUUCUGUCGGCUAGAUCCCCGGGAGCGGCAGGACUACCGGAAGGUGAAGGAUGCCCUCAUGCGAGCAGAUGCCUUCAGGACGGAGUCAAAGCGCCAGCACUUCAGACAAUGCUGUUACCAGGAACUGGAAGGGCCCCGCCAGGUUUAUAGCCAGCUCCAGGAGCUCUGCCGUCAAUGGUUGAAGCCAGAGAAACACACCAAGGAGCAGAUCCUGGAGUUGAUCAUCAAGGAGCAACUCCUGUCCAUGCUGCCACCAGAAGUCCAGAGCUGGGUGCAGGAACGUGGGCCAGGGGACUGCGUUGAGACAGUGGCGCUGGCAGAGGAUUUCCUGAUGGGACGUCGGCACACGGCUCGGUCAUGGGACUGGCAGGUACCUAUGCCAACAAUGACCACAAAUGCCCUGGAGACUCAGGCCUCUCAGAGACAGCCCUGUGUGGGAUCCACUCAGAAAGCCAGCGAAAUGCCCCCCACAAGGAACAUCGAUGUAGUGCCUCCUCCAGAAGGACAGGAAGCACCUGGGAUUGGGCUAAUGCAGGAGCCCUUGAAGGUGAAGGAAGAGCCAAACCUCAAUCAAAAGCCUAGCUGUUGGGCACUUGAGGAGGAGAACGCCAGCCAUGGCACCUCCAGCAAUGCUUCAGAAGGACUCAUUUCUCCACCCGAGAGCAUUUCCCAGCCUGGUCAGCAAGAAGCCAUCUUUGCUCCAAGAACUGAGAAUGGGGAGCCAUUUCCAAGCAGCCCCUUGGGUGGCAAAAUGCUGAGUGGAAUCAAAACAGAAAAUUCCCAGGAAGGGGAUUCGGAGACAGAUGACUCCUUUGACUUCCCAGACCCAUUCACAGAAGAUACUUCCAAGAAUCUUGAAAAGGAACAGCCUCCCCCUGCAAGAAACAUACCUCAAAGGCAGGAAACACCUUCUCGAGGUAGGCGGAAAACUGUGAAAAAGUACGGCCGGUAUAAACCAGCGGAGAAAAGACACGUGUGUUCUGAGUGUGGCCACAAAGCCUAUUACUUAUCUGAUCUGCUGAGGCACAUGCAGACACACUCAAAGAAUGUGUACGAGUGCACUGAAUGUGGGAAGACGUACAAAGGAAAAGCAUUUUUUGAGGCUCACCAGAAAACUCAUGCAUUGGCAGGCAACAAUGGAAAGGUUGGAACUAGGAGCUCAAAGUCCCAGACUGAUGGUGGAUACAUAUGUACUGAGUGUGGAGUCAGCAAAGCUACUCUGGUAGGCCUGACUGAGCACAUGAAGGUCCACUCAGAGGACAGGUCCUACGAAUGCCCAGAAUGUGGCAAAGCCUUCAAGUGGCAGUCCAAUCUCUCAAGGCACCAGCAACUCCACACUAACACACGAACCCUUACGAGGCGUAAGGUCAUGCCUGAAGGUGUUGAGGACCCAGGUAAAAAUAGUGACAAUUCUCUGCCACUGCAAGGGACCCAGCCGGAUUCUCUAGAACACUCCACAGACAUUAUUUCGUUGAGCCCUGCCAUCUUUGAACCUGAUCCCACUUCAAAGCUUCAUCUGAGGAAGCCACAUGAUGAGGAUAGGGCAUCUUCUUUUCAGCUGGGGGUCAAAACCCUCAGGGUGGUGCUGACGAAACUUGCCACUUCUCGGAAAGGGAAGGUUCACAGGUGCCUUGAAUGCGGGUACAAAGCUGACAAGUACUCGGAGCUCAUGAAUCACACUAGAAUCCAUUCUACAGCGAGGCCCUACAAAUGCCAUGAAUGUGGGAGAAGCUUCCGGUGGCCAUCGACCCUUCAUCAGCACAAGCAAAACACAUGCCCCCAAAAGAGGCCUGUUUUCAGUGCUUCUUUUGCAGAGCAUCAGGCGACACAGACAGGUGAGGGGGAAUCAAAAGGAGAAGCAGAGAUCAAAUUGGAAAAUGAGACAUUUCCAGAUGAGUCCUACUCUUACAAGGAGGCGGCUACAGAAGAAUCCAUGGAUCACCCGACACAGAAGAAGCACUUGUGCUCCAAAUGUGGAUACACAGCUGCCAAAUGGUCAGAUGUUGUUAAACAUGCACGUAUCCAUGCAGGGGAGAAGCCAUACAGAUGCCAUGACUGUGGGAAGACCUUUGCAUGGUUGCCAACCUUGGUGAAGCACCAGCAAGUCCACGCAUCUCAACGGCAGACUGUUUCUGAAGCCCAUGUUGCUGAAUGUGACGUCACACUCAGUGAUGAUGAGGAGUUAAUUAACACCAUGGCAAAGGGUCUUCAUCGAGGAGGUUCCAAAUCAGACCACCGGGUUGGGAAAAUUGGUCGACCUCCAAAAAACAAAAUUGGUCAACCCUCCAAAAGUAAAAUUGGUCGACCUCCAAAAAGCAGAAUUGGUCCACCUCCAAAAAGCAAAAUUGGCCAACUUCCCAAACGCACUGUGAGUGGUACGAAGGAUAGCAGAUAUUCAAGACUUGAGAGAAAACACGAGUGUCCUGAUUGUGGACACCGAGCCUAUUAUUUAUCCGAUCUGCUGAGACACCAGAGAACCCACACAGGCGAGAAGCCCUACAAAUGCCAAGGCUGUAGAAAAACAUUCACUCAGAAAUCAGCCCUCUACAGUCAUCAGAGGGGCAACCCAUCUUGUUCCCCUGUGAAUGGGCAAACGCCUGUGAGAAGAAUGAGAAAAGGUCAAGGUGAUAAAAAACACACAUGUUCCAAGUGUGGACAUAAAACGUAUAAAUUAGCUACUCUUCUUCUACAUAUGAGAACCCAUGCAGGCGAGAAGCAUUAUAAAUGUCAAGAGUGCGGGCAGUUCUUCAGCAAAAGUUCAAAUCUUGAGAGACACAAGAAACAUUUGCAUGCUGUGGAAAGCAGCUCCAGUAGCAGAAAACCAUCUUUCUUCAAGCAUCAGAAGAAGCGUAGAGGCAGGAAGCCAAAGAAAGCAAGAGAAGAGAAUACACUGCCGGUGAAAACACAUGAAGCCACAGUAGCGAUAUCCCACGGGGAGACCCCUGUGCUAGCAAUGAUCCGGGAGCGAUGGCGUUAUGACAAACAGGAGCAAAAGAAGGAUGAAGUGGAGGAAACCAAUGAGACCAUUGAAGAAGCCAAUGAUAAUCUCACUGGGAAGGAAGCAGCAGUCCGGGCUAGACUAAUAAAAUUUGCCUAUUGCAAAGGGGCAGAUUCAGAUCAGGGGCCAACAGAGCUUUCUACUGACAACACAGCCCAGGCAGAAGAGAAGCCGUCUUUCAAAUGCUUCACAUGCGGGGAAUCCUUCGAGAAGAAAAGUUACCUCACUGAACACGAAAAGACCCACACAGAACUUGAACCGGAACCCGAAUCCAGCGAGUGUACUGAGCUCAGGAAGUGCUUUUCAUGGAAUAAUAACUUGCUGAAACAAGUCCACAGAGGGGUGAAGCCACACCAUUGCUCUGAGUGUGGGAAGGAUUUCUAUUGGAAAGAUAACUUGCUGACCCAUCUCAAAACACACGGCUUUGAGAACGUGUAUGAAUGCCUGGAGUGCGAAGAGUGUUUUGUCCAGCAGGAGCAAUUGGUGAGGCAUCAGAGAAGUCAUACAGGACAGGAGUGCUAGGAAGGCAAGGAGCUAAGUGUCUUGAGACACCAGCACACCUUUGCAAAAGGGAAACAAAAUGAGAGGAGCAAGCGGAACCCCCUGUGGUAGCCCCGUUGUGGUGCAUUGCUCAUCCUUCUAUGUAUUUUCGCCAUAUCUCUUUCACACACUGUUCCUAAUCAUGGUUUGAGUAUAGGCCUGCUUGCAUAUCGUUCAGAUGCUCACAUACUCUUAUCCUGCAUAAUUUGUACAUUUAUUCUAAGCAAAUACUCGGGGACUGCUGAACGCCUGCUUGCUAGGACAAGGGACUCCCAACUACUCCACUACACUUGGUAGCAAACUCUCUUUAACAGGAGUUUGUUCUACAGCAAAGAGCAGCUGAUGAUUCCUCAUUCUACCUCAUGAGUGGCUUCAGCUGUUGAUGACUGCAGCUCAACCUCCUCUUGAAGGCACAGGGCAAGCUUCAGGGAGGGGACAUUUGGUGACUGUACCGACCCCCCUUUCGCCCAGUGAGCCCUGUUGUCUUGUGUUCUGACAUGGUUUUGAACAGUUGGAAUAUUGACAAACAUUCUGUAGCUCUUCCGGAUUGCUCUUGUGCUUCAGAAGGGAUCGUUUUAUUUAGCAGAAGCCAGAGAUCUUACAGACAGUAGUUACUGUGGUUUCAAAAGUCUAUUAAGUUUUACCAUAACUUUUUUCUCCCUACCCCCUCUGUCAUGUAGUUGAUUUGUGGGGUGGGGAGAACUGGUGCUCUGCAGCUACAAUCAAAACAUCCAAAACCGGCUUUGGUUUGGCAAUUGAUUUUAGUGAUUCCCUUGAAGGAAGGGCCAAUUUGUGUCUGCAAGAAGAGUAAGAAUUUGGUUCUUGGAAUUCAUUGGGAAGUAAAAGUCCACUAUUGAUUGGAGAUGCCUGGAGAACAAAUUUGAGCAUGGAAAAAAGAUAGUUCUUGUCCAGAAAGUCUGUGUUUGAAUACCCUUAUAGAAGAGAAGAUUCACAUGGGAAGCAGGAUUUUGACUCAUCAGUGUUUGCUCUCCAUAGAGUAGGACCCACCAGAUAUUUAGAACUACAACUUUCUGAUUGACCAUACUAGCAGGGGCUGCUAAGAGAUCACCAAGGUUAACAUAAAAGUUCUGCAGGUGGAACUGUGGCUCAAAAUAGAGACAGGCCAAAUAAAGUGCCAUGGGGGCGUAGCAUUCCGCACCAAGGCCAUGCCAAGCCAGCAAGGGUCAGCCUUCUUGGGAGUGGAUUUAACCUGCUCUUGCUGGCUGCCAGCUUGGGACUGUGGCAGCAGCCCACUUUGAGAGUGAGCUGUGUGAUUGCCAUAGUCCCAGGCCAAUAACCACUGGAAUAGUCAGAGGCCACUCCUUGCCACCCAUCUGUUUUGCCCUCUAAGUUAUGGCUUCCCUCCCACCAUCCGAAGGGCUCAAUAUUUUGCUGCCAUAUCCCUUUCCUCUAUGGCAGUUCAGUAGCUGGUGAAGAGCAGGGUGGAGCAGAGAAGCGUGUGGCUAUGCCCUUGUAGCCAGGUGUCAAGUGAUGAUACCCACCAAACUGCCGGGAACCUCCAGAGGUCUUGGUACAUGAUGUCAUCAUUUUGCAUCUAUCUCUGGGGACAUAACCAAACAAUCCUCCAAUUCCCACCCACCCCCCAAACUCUCCACCAGCCUCUGAAUGGCUUGGCAGGGAAGCUAUCACAGCAAACUGGUUAGUCUUGGUGGCACUUUGAUUGUUGUGGAGUGUUGAAGAGAAUGCCAGUCUUCUCAACCGCCAAGAAAAAAAAGACAUAUGCAGGCAUACUUUGGAUUUACAUGUGUGUUUGCCACUAACAAGAAGUUCACAUCUGGAGGACUAAACAUUUCCUCAUCCAUGCCCCUUGGAUUCUUCUAAUGCAGUAUUUCCCAAUCUUUAAUCCUCCAUUUGUUUUGGACUUCAGAUCCUGGAGGCCCCAGCCACCUUUGCCAGGAAUUAUGGUAGCUGAAGUCUAAAAUACUUGGAGGACCAAAGGUUGGGAACCACUGCUCUAAUGAAUUAUUGUCACUAUCAGUGGCAAGGCAUCCUGCUUUAUAACGGGUAUGUGGAGAAGCCAUCUCCAAUUAUGAAUUUUUUUAAAAAAAAAUGAGAUGCUUUAUUAUAGGAUUCUUUUUAAUCGUACAAAUCUGGAAACUACAAGUGGAUUUUUUUUUAAUGGUAUACAGUGCAGGAAAGAAGGAUCUUCAGUUGUAGUAUUCAGGCACAUGAAGUCAUGGAAGAAACAAUAGGUGCUAGUCAGCAGAGGUGUCCCAAACAGGCCAGAUGUUUUGCUAUUUGCCCUCAUUUUGAUUCAUGAUUAGGAUGGGGAUGAGAAUUGGAGGAGGUCCAGCUUUGCUCAGCCAGUACAGUUUACAGUACAGGAUAAAGCCCUGACAGAAGGUGCUCCUGUGUCUUUUUAAAUUUUUCCAAUGAGGGAGAACCCAUCUUCUGACUGUUCCAAUGCCUCUUCCUCCAGAUGUGAACUUGCAUUCCCAGAAGUCUCCUAGUGUGGCCAGUGACUUUGGGUGUCCUUGUCCAAAGCAUCUGGUAGGGCAGAAUUUCUUCCUUAUUUCUAACCCAAAUGUACAUCAUUGCAGCGUCUAGCCCUUGGUUCAAAAUGGUGGCCACUGGAGCAACAUGAAACAUGUAUGUUAUCCCUUCAGUUAUAUGAAGACUGAUAUAACAUAAUAUUUUAAUUUUCCUGUCUUUAAGAGGUGCACUCAGUUAAGCACUCCUGCUUUUUGGCAACAGCUCUUUUCCCAUUUCAGGGUAAUAAAGUGACACUCAAAGUAAGGUUGCCAACAAGUUUUUCAUUGUCUCCUCCUCUGCCUUUAAUGGCAGCACUUGGCAGUGCUCAUUUCCCUCACUGCAAAAAGUUUCUUUUGAGCAUCUGAGUGGGUUAAAGGCCUGCGAGCCGCCUUAUCGCACAAGAAAAGCAAGACAAAAUGGAGUGGGAGAGUAGCAAAUUUCUCUGAGUCUCUCCCACAUGCUGCUGUCGUAGUAGCGCUUCUGUUUUCCUUCCCAAGGGAGACAGUCAUAAAAGCAUGCUUUUUUCCAGCUCGACAAAAAGUCAUACUUUUAUGACUGUCUCCCUCGGGAAAAGAAGUGCUACAACAGCAUGCAGAGAGGCAUGGAGAAUGUUGUUACUCUCCUCCAUUUUGGCUUGCUUUUCUCAUGCAAUGUGAUUCUGAGACUUAAACUAGAUUGAUUCAUUUUGUGCCCCUAGAAGAGUGUAUGAAUAUGGGGAAGUGUAGCUCUGGAAAUUAUGUUCUAUGGGGAGCAGCCCAUGAGCAGUUGGGGGGAUUGGUCCCCAGACUCACCAAAGUUGCUUACCCUUGACCUAGAAGACAGACAGACAGACAGAAGAUGGGGGAGACCUGCUUUCUAAUGUUAGAACCAAUAGGUGGAAACGGUUGGGUUGAGAUUUUACAUUAGAUGGGUUUUGAAUCAAAUGUUGGAUUUUGGUUAAGCAUUAAGAAAAAGCUAAAGGCAAGAUGUGAUGAUGGAACAGGCUGUCUCAUGUUUGAACUAUCCAGGCAGAAUCCAGACAGCCAUCUGUCAGAGGUGCCAUAGUUGCAAAAUCUUGCACCAAGUAGAAGUAACUGCAGCUAUCCAAUUAUUUCAAUUUUCAUCUUCCACCUUCCCAGUGCUAUACACUACCUUUCCCUUCCAGCUGCCUUCCCUUCUACUUCUGUUUCAACUUUCUGGAAACUGCACUCUUGCUUCCAACCCUACGCUUUUGCCUUGUGUUUAUUUUUAUUUCUCAUGUUGAACACAAGGCCUCUUUAAUGGUGGUUGGGUUUUUUUUAAGUGUUGUAUUUUAAUAGCUUGAACCAUAAAACGAUUUUUAAAAAAAUCUUGACGACUUGGACUAAACAGUUAUGUAGCUCAGUGUCCUGUUUUCUCAGCCACAAGUAACCCCAAGAGUAAGAUUUAAAGACAACAGUCUUUGCUUUUGGUUCCUCCUCCCCAGUAACCAGGAUAUUCAGGGUAUCCUGCUUUGGAUUACAGAGGUUCAAUUUCACUUAUGGCUAGCAUCCUUUGAUAAACAAUUUCAUAAAUAUUCAGGUAUGGAAGGUAGGUAAAUGGUAGAAAAGCUUUGGAUAACUUGUAUGGAACUUGGAAAAUUCUCCUGGGUAUGACAAGUCCCAGAAUUUCCCAUCCAGCAUGCUGGCUCAGGUGUCUUGGGAUUUGUAGCCCCAAAAAUGCCCCCCUACAUGCAAAGUUCUGCUUUUGUGUCAUAAUACUGUUGAGUGCAUGAGUGCAAGCCCCAGUUUUAAGGUAACAGUCCUAGAGUGCAGACCCAUAUACUGUCUGUAUAGGUCUGUUGAAAAGUAAUUUCCACAGACUUUGGUGGGACCUCAUUCAACAUAUGUUGGUAUAGGAAUGCAGCCGUAGCUUUGUUAUAUAUAUUCCUAAAAGCGGCGGGGAGAGAAGGUUGUAUGUUUAUAUUAGAAUGAGUUUUUAAAAAGUAACUUAGAGCUCCCAAGUCAUGUUGGUUGUAAAAAUUGUGAUGGGUUUUGGAUGAAUUUGUUGACAUGAUCCUCAUUAAUAAAGAUUUUUACAACUUUGAAGCCUAA